AUGGGGACGCUGACAGGUCCAGGCUAUAUCUGGGCUCUUCUGUCUGUGGCGGCGGCGCUUUUGGCAUGUUCUGGUUUUUACCUACCAUUUUGGAUACAGGGCCGUAUUCUAGGGAGGGUGGAUGCAUACUUUAACAGCUUCCGUCGCUGCAACUACCCCCGUCUCGGGCCUCAGGGGAUCGUUGAGAUCGUGACGCAGUGCGCUAGAUACUCCAGGUGGAGAGAUAUUCCUAGUGGUUGGUGGCAAGCCUCUACAGUCCUCGUAGGGGUGGGCUCCGCCCUCGCCCUCAUGUUAGGGGUCGUCGCCUUGUCAGCGUGUUUCGUGGAGUACAUAGUACACGCCGCCACUGCUAGAAUGGCUGGUGGACUUCAACUUAUAGCAGGUAUUGAUGCUCGCUUGGUGAGUGUUAAGCAGCUCAACCCAUUCAAAGUGUUUGUAUCAGAGUGA